UUAGCCAAGGCCGGAAGAAAUUUGCAUAAGUUUGAAUAGGAUAGCAUGGGAGGUUUUAAGGAUAAAUUCCCGAGCAAGACGAAAUUCGGAACAGUCAGAAGAGAGCUUCGACACAGUCGGCGACGUUUAACCAUACAUACUAGUUGCCGUCAUGGCGCCGCGUCCGGGCACACUCUUGCUGCUUGGAAUCCUAAUUCAAGUCCUUAUAUGCACUGCCAAGUCCACCUACAAGAAAGAAAUAGCCGACUUACUGGAUGAUAACAAAGAUACCCCUCAAUUCUGGAAGGGACGCUUUUCCGAUCCUCAAUUCUGGAAGGGACGCUUUUCCGAUCCUCAGUUCUGGAAGGGACGCUUUUCCGAUCCUCAGUUCUGGAAGGGACGCUUUUCCGAUCCUCAAUUCUGGAAGGGACGCUUUUCCGAUCCUCAAUUCUGGAAGGGACGCUUUUCCGAUCCGCAGUUCUGGAAGGGACGCUUUUCCGAUCCGCAGUUCUGGAAGGGACGCUUUGCUGACGAACUUUUAAAUGGAGGUCAUCACAAGCAUCAUCACGAGGAGGGAGAAUGGAAACGCACAGCAGGCCCUGGACGAUUCGGCCGCGAAGACCAGGGACGAUUUGGCCGCGAAGACCAGGGACGAUUCGGCCGCGAAGACCAGGGACGAUUUGGCCGCGAAGACCAAGGUCGAUUCGGCCGCGAAGACCAAGGUCGAUUUGGCCGCGAAGACCAGGGACGAUUUGGCCGCGAAGACCAAGGUCGAUUUGGUCGCGAAGAUCAGGGACGAUUUGGUCGCGAAGAUCAGGGACGAUUCGGCCGCGAAGACCAGGGACGAUUCGGCCGCGAAGACCAGGGACGAUUCGGCCGCGAAGACCAGGGACGAUUUGGUCGCGAAGACCAGGGACGAUUUGGCCGCGAAGACCAGGGACGAUUUGGCCGCGAAGACCAGGGACGAUUUGGCCGCGAAGACCAGGGACGAUUUGGCCGCGAAGACCAGGGACGAUUUGGCCGCGAAGACCAAGGUCGAUUCGGCCGCGAAGACCAAGGUCGAUUUGGCCGCGAAGACCAGGGACGAUUUGGCCGCGAAGACCAGGGACGAUUUGGCCGCGAAGACCAGGGACGAUUCGGCCGCGAAGACCAGGGACGAUUCGGCCGCGAAGACCAGGGACGAUUUGGCCGUAACAAGAUUGCUCGUGUGAUUGACUUAGAUCAAGGUAGAUUCGGUCGCACAAUGGAUACCGCAACCAAGAAAGACACCGUAGCCAGUAUGCCAGAGCAAGAUGCUAAUCCGCAGACACGAUUUGACGGCAAAAAGCGACAAGCUGCUAAGGAAAGGAGCAUAGAAAAGAAAAGUACCAUCAGUAGUGAUGCUAAAGCAAGCGACGCCAAACAGUCUUAACUACUGAUAUAGGCAAGAAAAGUAAUAAUAGCAACUCUCAUGGAUGCAGAAGAAGGCUUCCACAAUUUUGUAAAAAAAUAAAGCGAUUGAAAUAAUGUACCUACAAAGAUUGUACAAAUUGAUACGAGAAUCAAUGCAUGUAAAAAACCACCCUCUGUUGCUUUUUCAGACGUCUCGAAUACGUGAGGAUAAGACAAAUUUGAUAAAGUCUCGCAUGACCCGAGCAUUCAAGAGUAAUAAAAGAUUAGUAAAAUGUAGAUACACUAGGUUUAGAGUCCCGGGUUGCUAUCGGGGAUAAUUGUAACGGUAAUAUGCAGAAAUAAAUAGUGUAAAACAGCUCCAAUAAAAGAAAGCUAUACACGUCA